AUGGCUGGAGCGAUCGCAGAUAUCCGGAAAAAACUAGUUAUUGUCGGAGACGGUGCGUGUGGAAAGACGUGCUUGUUGAUAGUCUUCUCCAAGGGGGCUUUCCCCGAGCUGUACGUUCCGACGGUAUUCGAGAACUACGUGGCCGACGUCGAGGUGGACGGAAGAAGAGUCGAAUUGGCGUUGUGGGAUACCGCGGGGCAGGAGGAUUACGACAGGUUGAGACCGCUCUCGUACCCGGACUCCAACGUCAUCCUGAUCUGUUUCGCUAUCGACUCCCCGGACACUCUCGACAAUGUGCUGGAGAAGUGGAUUUCGGAGGUGCUGCACUUCUGCCAGGGCGUCCCAAUCAUCCUUGUCGGCUGCAAGCUCGACUUGCGGAACGACCCUGCUGCAGUGCAGAAGCUUGCGCAGCUGGGCCAGCAGCCCGUGUCGACCUCGGAGGGCCAGGAAGCCGCCGACAGAAUUAACGCGCUGACUUACAUGGAGUGUUCUGCAAAGUACAACCAAGGUGUCAGAGAGGUGUUCGAGGCAGCGACAAGAGCAGCCUUGAGAACAAAGGAGAAGGAGAGCAAAAUCAAAAAGAAGAAGUGCUCCAUUCUCUGA